AGCGCGCAGCGCGGGGGGGGCCGCGCCGGCAGCGCACAAGAUGGCGACAACCGCAGUUCCUCCUGCAGCUCCCCCACCUCCGCAGUCCAGCAACGCCUUGCGGGAGACUCGCUAGCGCGGCGGCCACACAUCGAGCAUCACAUGACGGCCUUUCCAAGGGCUCCUCCUGCAUCUCAGCUGCUCGUGUUGCCGUGGCUUCAUUGAUAAAAUUGCCUGCUUCGAGGCUCUCAGAAUUUGCUGCAGCUGGCAAAGAGCUGCGAGUUCUUUGGGAGGCCCUUCCCGGCCAGGGGUUUUCUCACAUAGCUGACCUGUCCGGGCUGCAACAUCACUAAAGAAGCUGCUGCAGGAUGAAAAGAUGGCAGCACGGCUGCUCGCACCACCAGGUCCCGAUAGUUUUAAACCUUUCACUCCGGAGUCUCUGGCUAACAUUGAGAAGCGCAUUGCAGAAGAAAAAAAGAAGAAGCGCCCAAAGCAAGACAGCAGCCACCGGGAUGACGAUGAAGACAGCAAACCAAAACCAAACAGUGACCUUGAGGCAGGGAAGAAUUUGCCUUUCAUCUACGGGGACAUCCCUAAAGGCCUGGUUGCUGUACCACUGGAGGACUUUGACCCUUAUUAUAUGACCCAGAAAACCUUUGUAGUACUAAACAGAGGGAAAACACUCUUCCGAUUUAGUGCCACACCUGCCUUGUACAUUUUAAGUCCUUUUAAUCUGUUUAGAAGAAUAGCUAUUAAAAUUUUGAUACAUUCAGUAUUUAGCAUGAUCAUUAUGUGCACUAUUUUGACCAACUGUGUAUUCAUGACUUUUAGUAACCCGCCUGAAUGGUCGAAGAAUGUGGAGUAUACAUUCACUGGUAUUUAUACAUUUGAAUCACUUGUGAAAAUUAUUGCAAGAGGUUUCUGUAUAGAUGGCUUUACUUUCCUACGUGAUCCAUGGAACUGGCUAGAUUUCAGUGUGAUCAUGAUGGCAUAUGUCACAGAGUUUGUGGACCUUGGGAAUGUCUCAGCAUUGAGAACUUUCAGAGUUCUCCGAGCUUUGAAAACUAUCUCUGUUAUUCCAGGCUUGAAGACCAUUGUGGGUGCCCUAAUUCAGUCUGUGAAGAAGCUGUCAGAUGUAAUGAUCUUGACAGUGUUUUGUCUCAGUGUCUUUGCUCUGAUCGGGUUGCAGCUGUUUAUGGGCAAUUUGAGGAACAAGUGUGUGAUAUGGCCAAUUAAUGUGAAUGAGACGUUCCUGGAUAACGGCUCCAGGGGCUUUGACUGGGAGGAAUACACCAACAAUAUGUCAAAUUUUUACAUAAUUCCUGGUGCCCCUGAUCCUUUGCUCUGUGGUAACAGCUCAGAUGCAGGUCAAUGUCCAGAGGGCUACACAUGCAUGAAAGCAGGACGGAACCCAAACUAUGGUUACACAAGCUUUGACACGUUCAGCUGGGCUUUUCUGGCUUUGUUUCGCCUUAUGACUCAGGACUUUUGGGAAAACUUGUAUCAAUUAACCUUACGAGCAGCAGGAAAAACCUACAUGAUCUUCUUCGUCUUGGUGAUCUUUGUGGGGUCGUUCUACCUGGUAAAUCUAAUUUUGGCUGUGGUAGCUAUGGCUUAUGAAGAGCAGAACCAGGCCACGUUGGAGGAGGCAGAGCAGAAAGAGGCAGAAUUUAAGGCCAUGUUAGAACAACUGAAAAAGCAGCAGGAAGAAGCACAGGCUGCUGCUAUGGUCACUUCAGCAGGGACAGUCUCUGAGGAUGCUGUGGAAGAUGAUGGUGGGGGGAGGAUGUCUCGAAGUUCCUCGGAGAUUUCCAAAGUCAGUUCCAAGAGUGCCAAGGAGCGUCGAAACCGGAGGAAAAAAAGGAAGGACAAAGAGCUGUCGGAAGGAGAGGAGAAGGGUGACGCUGAAAAGGUGUUCAAGUCUGAAUCGGAGGAUGGCAUGAGAAGGAAAGCGUUCAGGCUACCCGAUAACAGGAUAGGAAGGAAAUUUUCCAUCAUGAACCAGUCUCUCCUCAGCAUCCCAGGCUCUCCUUUUCUCUCCCGGCACAAUAGCAAGAGCAGCAUCUUCAGCUACAAAGGGCGAUUUCGUGACCCAGGUUCGGAGAAUGAGUUUGCUGAUGACGAGCACAGCACGGUGGAGGAGAGCGAAGGCAGGAGAGACUCCCUCUUCAUCCCCAUCCGUGGCCGCGACCGAAGGAGCAGCUACAGCGGCUACAGUGGCUACAGCCAAGGCAGCCGGUCCUCGCGGAUUUUCCCCAACCUCCGCCGAAACGUGAAGAGGAACAGCACGGUGGAUUGUAACGGCGUGGUGUCCCUCAUUGGCGGCCCACCUUCCAGCAUGCCUGGGGGACGCCUUCUGCCUGAGGUGAAAAUAGAUAAGGCAGCUCCUGAUGACAGCGGUACCACUGAAAUAGAAAUUAAAAAGAAACCUGGUGGGUCUCUCUUGGUCUCGAUGGAUCAGGUGAAUGUCUCCUAUGGAAGAAAGGAUCGAACCAACAGUGUAAUGACCGGCUUGACAAAUACCCUUGUUGAGGAGCUGGAAGAGUCCCAGAGGAAGUGUCCCCCUUGCUGGUACAAAUUUGCCAACACGUUCUUGAUCUGGGAAUGCCACCCAUACUGGAUCAGGCUGAAGGAGAUAGUGAACUUAAUUGUCAUGGAUCCUUUUGUUGACCUGGCCAUCACCAUCUGUAUUGUGCUGAACACUCUGUUCAUGGCCAUGGAGCACCAUCCUAUGACCCCCGAGUUUGAACAUGUGCUCUCCGUAGGAAAUCUGGUUUUCACUGGAAUUUUCACAGCAGAAAUGUUCCUGAAGCUUAUCGCCAUGGAUCCCUACUAUUAUUUCCAAGAAGGCUGGAACAUCUUUGAUGGAUUUAUUGUCUCCCUCAGUUUAAUGGAACUGGGUCUAGCAAACGUGGAAGGACUUUCCGUGCUGCGAUCUUUCCGAUUGCUGAGAGUCUUCAAACUGGCCAAGUCUUGGCCCACUCUGAAUAUGCUGAUAAAAAUCAUCGGUAACUCGGUGGGUGCUUUGGGGAACCUGACCUUGGUGCUAGCCAUCAUCGUGUUCAUCUUUGCGGUGGUGGGCAUGCAGCUCUUCGGCAAAAGCUACAAGGAGUGUGUCUGCAAGAUCAAUCCGGAGUGUGAGCUACCCCGCUGGCACAUGCACGAUUUCUUCCACUCCUUCCUUAUUGUCUUCCGUGUGUUGUGUGGGGAAUGGAUUGAGACCAUGUGGGAUUGUAUGGAGGUGGCAGGACAGGCCAUGUGCUUGAUUGUCUUCAUGAUGGUCAUGGUCAUCGGAAAUUUAGUGGUGCUGAACCUAUUCUUGGCCUUGCUACUGAGCUCCUUCAGCGCAGACAACCUGGCAGCCACAGAUGAUGAUGGGGAGAUGAACAACCUGCAGAUUUCUGUCAUUCGCAUCAAGAAGGGCAUUGCCUGGACCAAGGCAAAAGUGCGUGAAUUCAUGCACACUCAUUUCAAGCAGAGAGGGGGAGAUGAGGUCAAACCCUUGGAUGAGUUGUACGACAAGAAGGUGAACUGCAUCGCUAACCACACGGGGGCUGAUAUCAACAGAGACAUUGAUUAUCAGAAGAAUGGCAAUGGCACGACAAGUGGAAUUGGGAGCAGCGUGGAGAAGUACAUAAUAGAUGAAGAUCACAUGUCCUUCAUCAAUAACCCCAAUCUCACUGUCCGGGUACCUAUUGCUGUAGGAGAAUCAGAUUUUGAAAAUCUCAACACAGAAGAUUUCAGCAGUGAUACGGACCCAGAUGGCAGCAAAGAGAAACUGGAUGAUACCAGCUCCUCUGAAGGUAGCACCAUUGAUAUUAAACCUGAGGUGGAAGAAGUCCCUGUGGAGGCACCAGAGGAGUAUCUGGACCCAGAUGCGUGUUUCACAGAAGGUUGCAUGCAGCGCUGUAAAUGUUGUCAGGUCAAUAUUGAGGAAGGGCUGGGAAAGUCUUGGUGGACCUUGAGGAAGACAUGCUUUCUGAUUGUGGAACAUAACUGGUUUGAGACUUUCAUCAUCUUUAUGAUCCUACUGAGCAGUGGUGCUCUGGCUUUUGAGGAUAUUUACAUAGAACAGAGGAAAACCAUCCGGACCAUCCUGGAGUAUGCGGACAAGGUCUUCACUUACAUUUUCAUUCUGGAGAUGUUGCUGAAAUGGUGCGCCUACGGAUUCGUGAAGUUCUUCACUAAUGCCUGGUGCUGGCUGGAUUUCCUCAUUGUGGCUGUCUCUUUAGUCAGCCUUGUAGCUAAUGCCCUGGGCUACUCGGAACUAGGUGCCAUAAAGUCCCUUAGGACACUAAGAGCUUUGAGGCCUUUAAGAGCGUUGUCCCGAUUUGAGGGGAUGAGGGUGGUUGUCAAUGCCUUGGUUGGCGCUAUCCCUUCCAUUAUGAAUGUGUUGUUGGUCUGCCUUAUCUUCUGGCUGAUUUUCAGCAUUAUGGGGGUUAACCUGUUUGCCGGGAAAUAUCAUUACUGCUUUAACGAAACAUCCGAGGAGCGCUUUGAAAUAGAUAUUGUUAACAACAAGACAGACUGCGAAGCCCUGAUGCCACCCAACUCCACUGAGAUUCGAUGGAAGAAUGUGAAAAUUAACUUCGACAACGUUGGGGCAGGAUACCUGGCUCUCCUGCAAGUUGCUACUUUCAAGGGCUGGAUGGACAUCAUGUACGCAGCAGUAGAUUCCAGAAAGCAAGAAGAGCAACCCAAGUACGAGGACAACAUUUACAUGUACAUAUAUUUUGUUAUCUUCAUCAUCUUCGGCUCCUUUUUCACCCUGAACUUGUUCAUUGGUGUCAUCAUUGACAACUUCAAUCAACAAAAGAAAAAGUUUGGAGGUCAAGAUAUUUUCAUGACAGAAGAACAAAAGAAGUACUAUAAUGCCAUGAAAAAACUGGGCUCAAAGAAACCUCAAAAACCUAUUCCCCGACCUCUGAACCGUAUUCAGGGAGCUGUCUUUGACUUUGUAACUCAGCAAGCUUUUGAUAUAGUCAUCAUGAUGCUCAUCUGCCUCAACAUGGUGACCAUGAUGGUGGAGACGGACACACAAAGCAAGCAGAUGGAGGACAUCCUUUACUGGAUCAACCUGGUGUUUGUCAUCUUCUUCACCUGUGAGUGUGUGCUGAAGAUGUUCGCCUUGCGGCACUAUUAUUUCACCAUCGGGUGGAACAUUUUUGACUUCGUGGUUGUGAUUCUGUCCAUUGUGGGAAUGUUCCUGGCUGAAAUCAUUGAGAAGUAUUUUGUAUCACCCACGCUCUUCCGAGUCAUCCGACUGGCUCGUAUUGGACGUAUCCUGCGUUUGAUCAAAGGAGCCAAAGGAAUCCGCACCUUGCUUUUUGCCUUAAUGAUGUCUUUGCCCGCCUUGUUCAACAUCGGCCUCUUGCUGUUCUUGGUCAUGUUCAUCUUCUCCAUCUUCGGCAUGUCAAACUUUGCCUACGUCAAGCAUGAGGCUGGCAUAGAUGAUAUGUUCAACUUCGAGACCUUUGGCAACAGCAUGAUCUGCUUGUUCCAGAUCACUACAUCGGCUGGCUGGGAUGGCCUGCUGCUGCCAAUCCUAAACCGGCCUCCAGACUGCGAUCUAGACAAGGAGCAUCCCGGGAGUGGUUUUAAGGGGGAUUGUGGGAACCCUUCAGUGGGGAUUUUUUUCUUUGUGAGUUAUAUCAUCAUCUCCUUCCUGAUCGUGGUCAACAUGUACAUUGCCAUCAUCCUGGAGAACUUCAGUGUGGCAACAGAGGAGAGCGCAGAUCCGCUGAGUGAGGAUGACUUCGAAACUUUCUACGAGAUUUGGGAGAAGUUCGAUCCUGAUGCCACGCAGUUCAUAGAGUACAGCAAGCUCGCGGACUUUGCUGAUGCUUUAGAACAUCCUCUCCGGGUCCCCAAACCCAACACCAUUGAACUCAUUGCCAUGGACCUGCCUAUGGUAAGUGGAGACAGGAUCCACUGUUUAGACAUCCUGUUUGCCUUCACCAAACGUGUCCUGGGGGACAGUGGAGAGCUGGAUAUACUGAGACAACAGAUGGAGGAAAGAUUUGUGGCAUCCAACCCUUCCAAAGUGUCUUAUGAGCCCAUCACAACUACGCUGCGGCGUAAGCAGGAAGAAGUCUCAGCAGUGGUUAUGCAGAGGGCUUACAGGGCUCGUUUAGCCAGACGGGGGUUUGUUAGCCGAAGGCCUGUCCCCACAAAACUGGAAAACGGAGGAACAAACAGGGAGAAAAAAGAAGGCACCCCAUCCACGGCAUCUCUCCCGUCAUAUGACAGUGUGACUAAACCUGAGAAGGAGAAACAACAACGGGCAGAGGAAGGAAGACGAGAAAAAGCAAAAAGACAAAAAGAUGUCAGGGAAUCCAAGUGUUGAGACAAAAUAAUAGAAUUGUACAAAUUUAAAAAUAUUUGCAAGUGAAAAGAUUGUUUACAGACUUCAUGAAAUAUAUCAAUACAGAACAGCUGUGGAGACACUUACCUGAAGAUCUUAUACCAAACAUAGUCUGCUUACUAUGUGACAGCGUUGCAUCUAAAGCAGUGACCUACCACCUGUUUAAAGGACCCUUGUAAACAAACAUUUAAAAACAAAAAAGGAAAAAAAAUGGAUUUUCUAUUGUUUGGGCAGGUGGAUACUGCAUGUUCCACAUCAGUCAAUGCAACUUAGGACAAACAAGCAAAAUAAAACACACACACACAGAAACAAAACCCGCUGCUGGGAUUCAUAUAUUUUCCAAAGCAGCCAAAAAUGGAUUUUAUUUUCCCAUUUUGUUGAUUAUUAUUGAAAGAAAACCCAGAAGUCACGAUGUUAAAGGGUUUGUUCAUGCAAAAUUAGAUUUGCAUUUAGCUAAGCAGCAAAAUAAAAAAAAAGUGAAAAUAAGCAAAACAACAAAAAAAGAAACUAACCACCCAUUUAGCCCAUGCCAUUUAAUUAAUUGUCAUAGUUUAUUUGGUAUUUAUUAUCUGCAUUCUACUUUCUACAUGGGCUUUACUUGGUUUGGGAGAUGGGGUAAUCGGGUACCUUCAGCCUGCAACCAGCGCAGGCUGAUUCCCCAAAACUAAAAGUGCUCGUUCAAUGCAUAGAAACGAUUUGCAUGAUGGCAUGCCGUGACCAGGAACCAUGCAUGAGGAACCAUUAAGCCACAAGACACUCAGUAAUCUGUCCACAGCAGUGUGUUAAGCCAUAAAUUCGAGGCACUCCACUGACUACCGUACACUGUAUUUGGAGAUAAACGUUAACAAUAAUCAUGCCCUUCACCGGUACUUACCCGUUCUUAGCAAUCUUUCAUAGACCUGCCAGUAGAAAAAAAAAAAAUGAAACAAGCAGAUG